CCUAAAAUGCGGAUUUUUUAUGCGGGUGUCGGGUCAAAUUGCAAUUGUGGAUUUCACACGUUAGUUAUUUUGAUGUAUUUAAGGAUCAUGGCUUGCAACGAACAACAUGGACAAACGGAAAAACAAUGCCUAGGAACUGAAAAGUAAAUGCCACUGCGUCCUUCUUCGACUUUUACCAACUUCCAAAGGCAAAGACCCCUUUACCUAUGGAAUUUGAUGAUUCGAGACUCAACAAAUAAUGGGUUCUUCACAGAAACCUUAAAAAUAUAUUCUUUUAUGCACCAUUCUUGUGUCAAUGGCAACACCUUCACAUACCCUUUACUCCUCAAGUCUUGUGCCAACCUCUUUUCCAUUCCACACGGUACAAUGCUUCAUGGACAUGUCUUUAGACUUGGGUUCCAAUCUGAUACCUUUGUUCAAACUUCACUUGUUGAUAUGUACUCGAAGUGUUCGGUUAUUGAAUCUGCAAGAAAGGUGUUUGAUGAAAUGCCACAAAGAAGUGUUGUCUCUUGGAACACUGUGAUUUCGGCUUACUGUCGUGAGUCUUUGAUGGAUAAGGCGUUGAAUCUCUUGAAAGAGAUGUUGGUUUUUGGUUUUGAACCGAGUUCAUCUACGUAUGUUUCAAUUUUCUCGGGUUUUUCUUCUGGUAUGAAAUCUUUUGAGUUUCUUUCGCAGGGUAUGUCAAUACAUUGUUGUGUUGUUAAACGUGGACUUCUGUGUUUUGAGGUAUCUUUGGAUAACUCAUUGAUGGGUAUGUAUGCUCAGUUUGGACGAACGGAUGAAGCAAGGAAAGUUUUUGACUCUAUGGACGAAAAAACAACAGUUUCUUGGACAACUAUCAUGGGGGGUUAUGUGAAAGUUGGAGAUGUCGCGGAAGUGUUUAAGUUAUUCAAUCAAAUGCGGCAUCAAAGUAUUGGCAUUGACUUUGUUGUGUUUCUAAAUCUUAUUUCUGGUUGCAUUCAAUUAGGAGACUUCUUGCUAGCUUCAUCAGUUCACACUCUUGCACUCAAAUGUGGGUGUGAUAAAGAGGAUUCCAUUGAAAACUUACUUAUAACUAUGUACGCAAAGUGCGGUAAACUUACAUCUGCUAGAAUGAUAUUUGAUGCAAUCAUUCGAAAAAAUGUUCUAUCAUGGACGUCAAUGAUUGCAGGAUAUGGCCAUUCAGGUCACCCAAAGGAAGCAUUGGAUCUCUUUAGAAGGAUGGUAAGGACAGAAAAUAGACCAAAUGGAGCAACCCUUGCAACUGUUUUAUCAGCCUGUGCUAAUUUUGGAUCACUCAACAUUGGACAAGAGAUUGAACAAUACGUUUUCGAAAACGGAUUUGAGUUGGACCAACAAGUCCAAGCGUCUCUCAUACACAUGUACUCUAAAUGUGGUAGCAUCAAUAAAGCAAGAGAAGUAUUUGAAAGCGUCAAAAAUAAAGAUUUAACCACUUGGACUUCCAUGAUAAAUAGUUAUGCCAUCCAUGGAAUGGCGAAUAAAGCUAUUAACCUCUUUGAAAAAAUGACAACUUUAGAAGGGAUAAAACCGGAUGCCAUUGUUUACACUAGUCUUUUGCUUGGAUGUAGCCAUUGUGGAUUGGUAGAAGAUGGAUUGAAGUACUUCAAAAGUAUGCAAACAGAUUUUGGAAUAACUCCGACAAUAGAACAUUAUACUUGUUUGGUCGAUCUUCUGGGCCGAGUUGGGCAACUUGACCGAGCUUUAGAUGCAGUUGAGGCGAUGCCACCGGAAGUCCAAGCCCAAGCUUUGGGUCCAUUGCUUAGUGCUUGUAGGAUCCAUGGCAAUGUUGAGCUGGGAGAGCUUGCAGCUGCCAAGUUAUUAGGCGAUAGUUCAAAAAGUUCUGCGAGUUGUGUAUUAAUGGCUAAUUUGUAUAACUCUGUUGGGAAGUGGAAGGAGGCGAAUUCUAUGCGAAAUUUGAUAGAUGGUAACAGAAUGGUUAAAGAAUGUGGCCGGAGUCAAGUCCAGAUCAGUGGUUAAUUUCAUAUUUGCUGCGGGAGAUCGGCCACACAUUGGGUUACUCAAUAUCCAUAAGACUCUAAAAGAGCUGAAUUUUACUCUUCAUGUUCUUAGUUAUUAUUUUUUCCUUACUCUUCUUGAUCUCCAUUCUUCCUUCCUUUUUCCAUUUAUAUAUGCUCUUUUAGAAUUCUACAAUUUGAAGAAGCCAACACAAUGUCAAUAACAAGAUGCAAGAAGGAUGUAAUAUUCUUGUGAAGUCGUUUUCGAAAAAAGGUUAAAGAUCAUGAUGCUAUGCUUAAUGCAAUUGAAUGCUAUGUA